AUGAUAAUUCAUCCUCAGAAGUCCAGGGCUGAUUCAGAGAUCCAUUUGCAGGUUUAUGGAGGAAAAACUCUCUUCGAGCAGUUUGAUAGUGAUAUCCAACACCAAAUCGAGCUUCUGUGGAUCGAGAUCGAGUCCAUUCUGCAGCAGGCUGUUGAUCUGCUCAAGCGUCGAUAUGGAUUAUCACGGGAAAGUUCCACUUCUUCGAGUUCGUCGUUCUUGAAUGUCUCCACUGCGUCACUUUCCAGGCACAAAUCCACAUCUUCCAGUUCAUCGCUGUCGCGGGGGCGCACCAGCCCUUCCAUACCGGGUCUCCUCAUGUGGGGAUUGCGUGAUAAAAAGCGCGUCGAGGCCAUUCUAUACACAUUCAAAGAUCGCAACUCUCGGCUGAAGAAAAAGGUUGAGCUAUGGUGCCUUGCCUCUCAGCUAGGUGUCUCUCCUGAGCACUUGAUGCAUCUCCAAACAGACGAAUCGUCAAGAAAGCUAGGAUUCGACCAAGAUGCGUCCCUCCGUCUGGCCCAGUGGGAUGCCGAGAGAAUGAACGACACGCUUGAGUUGCUUGAUCCCUCGUGGGACUCGCACCUAAAAGAAAUCCAGCCGAUUGAGCACCAGGGCAUGUUCGCGAUGUUCACCAAGAACAGCGUCGCCUACAUCCAAGAGAAUCACCACUAUGACCCCCUUUCCACCCCGUCCGCUUCAGGGAACGCCGUUGAUUUGCGGACUAAAGGUCGAAUUGAGUCCCUCGCAAAACUCUUGCAUCAACCCAAAGAACAGGUUUUCCGUGUCUUACCUUGCGUCGGCUGGAGAUACAUUCCCAGCCGAAGCUCCAUCGCGUUCGUCUUCGAGGUCCAGCCCCGACCGAUAGGAGCACCAGUCAGUCUCCAGAGGCUGCUCUAUAACACGGACCUUCGUCCCGAGGUCGAGGACAAAUACCGCCUGGCGCUGGGUCUAUCCCAGUGCAUCGCGCAGAUGCACAUGGUCCAAUGGCUACACGAAAGCUUCCGAAGCGACAAUAUCCUCCUCCUGCCCCAUCACGUCGACGAUGAAAGAACGGAGACCCGCGUAGCAGUAAACUAUCCCGAGCCCUGGGUCCUUGGAUUCGAGUUCAGUCGGCCAGAGCCGUUUUUCUCCAUGGGCCAUUCCGACUUCGAGCCCACGCGUGAUAUCUACCGCCAUCCCGAUCGGCAGGGCCAACCGCUGGAGAUGUUCAAGAAAAUCCAUGAUAUCUACGCGCUAGGGGUGGUGUUAUUAGAGAUCGGACUCUGGGAACCAGCUGUCAAGCUGGAACGAAAUAUGUUCGCGGGGGCCAGUAACCCGCGGGCCGUGCGGGAGCAGCUAAUUAAGCAUGCCCAGAGACGACUCGGGCACCGCGUGGGAAAGAAGUAUAAAGAGGUGGUGCUGAAGUGCCUGACGGGGGACUUUGGAGUGGAGGAUGAUACGAAGGAGGACUUGAAGCUCCAGCAGGCGUUCCGGCAUCAAGUAGUGGAUGUGAUCGAAAGGGCUGCGAAUUAUGAAUGA